AUGACGACCGAUUUACCAACGCUGAAACAAAAAAGAGGUAGAGCGCAAGGAACAAUUUCAAGACUGAAAAAUUAUAUUUCUACACUCGCUGAAGGUUCCGAUGCAGUGGAUAUUGAAAGCCGCUUCAGUAACCUCAAAGACUCAUUCCGUGAUUUUUGUGAAUACGAUGAUCAAAUUGCAACAUUUCCAAAUGAAUCAUCUAACAUAGAGAUUGUGGAAGAAAUAUUCUACACAGCCCAAGCUGCAUUUCGUCGUCAUAUAAACCCAGCAAAUACAAAUCAACAUGACAUUUCUCAACAUCAACAACCACACGUAUCACUUGAUGAGACCCUCAAUCUUUUAGCCUCACAACAGCUGAACUUAAUUGGUGCAUUACAUGAACGUCCACAAAGUGAACUCCGGAUGCCAACUCUGACAAUUCCCCAGUUUAAUGGGUCAUAUGCCACUUGGCCUUCGUUCCAAGAUCUUUACAAAUCCAUAGUUCACACAAACUCGAGACUGUCCAAAAUACAAAAGUUCCAAUAUUUAAAAGGAUUGCUUAUUGGAGAUGCUGCGGAUCAAAUUCGUCAUAUACUCGUCACCGAAGAAAACUAUGACACUGCAUGGGAAAAGCUUGUUGACAGGUAUGAUAAGAAAAAACAAAUUAUCAAUAAUUAUAUCAAAACUUUCAUCGAACAACCUCAACUCAAUUUUGCAAGUGCAACCCAGCUUAGGCGACUUGCAGACACAUCGGAUGAAGUGAUAAGAGGAUUGGGUACAGUUGGACCUGAUGCACAAAAACGUGACCCAUGGUUGAUAUACAUCUUGCUUCAAAAAACAGACGAUUACACCCGACAGCUAUGGGCUAUCAAAGCUUCAGAAAAAAAACUUCACUCAUUCGACGAAUUUAUACAAUUUAUCAACGAAAGGUGCGAUGCACUAGAAGCUUACACUGCACAUAAUCCAUUUUUUGAGUCAAAUAACAGUCAACAACAACAAUAUGCAGUAUAUACACAAUCAACUAACAGGUUUGGCUCAAGUUCACAACCAGGUCGGUGCCCCAAGUGUAGCGGUGCUCAUCCACUGUUUAAAUGCCAGCUCUUUAAAACAUUGCCUGUCCCAGAGAGACGAAAAUUAGUUCUUCGUGCGAAGCUCUGUUUCAAUUGCAUGCAUGAUGGUCAUCAGACAUCGUCGUGCAGUUCAACAUAUAGAUGCCAUUAUUGCAAUGAUAAACAUCAUUCUUCUCUUCACCAGCAUGAGCAAAUUAGAACGCAUUACACUGAUGUCCCAAGCAUUACUGAAAGAUCAACACCCAGCUACAGCUUGACAGAAGCACAACAUCAGGAGGAGCACCAAGAACCAUUUCCCACUCAAUCAUACUCAGCAUCACACAUCACACAAUCAGCUUGUCCAACUGUACUACCAGCGGCGUUGGUGUACGUUCAAGACGAACAGGGCAAAUCAAGACCAUACAGAGCCCUGUUGGAUUCUGGUUCGAUGGUAUCUUUUGUAUCAGAGUCAUGUGCACAAUUACUGGGUAUCAAACGUAAACAUCAUCGUUCUUCUGUUUGUGGCCUCUCAUCGAUCGAAGUUGCAGUCACCAAAGGUGAAGUCGUACUCAAACUAUAUACAUUAAACGGCAUAAUUAACUUAAGAGCGUUGGUUCUUCAAAAAGUUACAUCGCCAUUGCCUUCGGUUGACAUAUCUACGAAAGCAUGGCCAUGGAUUCACAAACACAAAUUAGCUGAUCCAUUCUUUUACAAGAGCCAAAAUAUCGACAUACUCAUAGGAGCCGAUUACUUUUUCCAAGUUCUUGAGAAUGGACAGAUUAAAUUUUCACCUAAUGAUCCCAUUCUCCAGAAAACGGUUUUCGGCUGGGUAGUAGCUGGUCCGCACUAUCAAUGUGAAAAUCAAUCAAAUGAUAAUCCCAAGUCGUAUCAAGUAACCAUUAUUUGUGACAUCGACAGAACUCUAACCAAAUUUUGGGAAGUAGAAACUGUUUCAGCAACAAACAACUAUUUGACCGAUGAAGAGAAGCAUUGUGAGACUCAUUUUAAAACUCACCUUUGCUUCAACUUGGAUGAUCGUUUAAUUGUGCGCUUGCCAUUUACAAAAUCAUCUGAACAUCUUGGAAAUUCUAAAAGAACAGCAGUAUCAUGUCUUCUUUCUAUGGAGCGUCGACUGGCUAACGAUCCCGAACUGUAUCAACAAUAUCGCAACUUUAUGAAUGAAUACAUUGCUAUGGGGCAUAUGCAAAAAAUUCCUUCAAGUGAAGUCAACAUUGCUGACAAUAAGGGAUUUUAUUUACCUCAUCACGCUGUUGUGAAACCGUCAAGUACAACGACGAAGCUUUCUCUCGACACUCGAACUGAAAGCUGCUACAAUCAUUUGCCUUCGUUGGGUACAACAAGCUGA